AUGUCGGCGUUUGUUGUAACAGUAAUUGUGCUGUGCUUGCUGAUAAUUGUGCUAGCAAUCAUUGUGCUACUGCUUCGAUGUCUGUUCAAAAAGCAGCGGCCUAUACCGGGCAGUGCUACCAGAGUUGUAGGUGUACGAAGACUUUCUACAGACAAUGAGACACAUCAUGUAACAAUGUUUCCACAUAAUUACAUCCCUCACCCCACAAGAGGCGCAUAUGAUAGGGGACCCGGACCAGCCCGCACGGGGGAUUCUCUUGUCCAACCCAAAACACACCGUCCUCCCAGAAAAAUCACCAACGUCAAGUUCAUCCAGAGAAAAAACACCGGAGGUCCGUCCUCCCACGACUUCACGAGCCAACUUCUUUUGAGUACAUAUGUCCCUUAAGCUUUCCACCAAUAGAUACAUGUAUAUUGAUGUACUGUGUACAUGUACCGA